AGUGUUCAUUCCGCGCAAGCUUAACCUAGUAUAUAUAUAUAUAUAUGUGUAUGGUCGUUCGUGUACAGAACAGAAUAGUUAGCUAGAACAUAUAUAUUAACUCUUGGAAUUCAGUCUAAAACAUAUAGUAAAUUCCACACUCGUAUUAUGCAUGGAUAGUAAAACAUCUAUAAUCAACUCCGAGUGAAGAUGGAUGGAUUUCAACUGCGCUGAUCAUCCAAGUUUAUCUGAUAAGUAAGUAUCAACCAAUAGUUUUUAGUUAAGAUGUAUUAAUGAAAACAAAUAGGGGAGUUAAAAAAAAAGAGGGGAUUACCAAGAAAAAUUAUAUGAUAAUAAAUCUUUGAAAAGGGGGCAUAUAAAGUCAAAACCAAAGUCUUAUAAAUAGAGGAAGUGAGAUCCAUAAUCCAUUUCGUUCCAGACAAGAUCCCAAAACAAAAGUCUUUUCUCUCAGUCUCUCUUGAUAACUUCCUUCCCCGGAGAAAAGAAACCGAAACAGAGACCAUGGCGUCUUCAACGCAAGACGAAGAAGCCCUCCACUGCAAGGAAGAAGACGCACUCGGCGAAGAACCGGAGCUUAUUGACCUGAACAUAGAAGCCAAACACGAACACGAUGACAAGAUCGUGGCCUCUGAGUCAUCAGCGACAAGCGAACAAGAAGUGAAAGAUGCUAAUCAAGAAGACGAAAGCAGAGGAGGAGUGAUCAUGAUGGUACCUUCUUCAACAACAACACCAACAAGAAGCUUAACUCAAGAAGAGGAAGAGGCAAGGGAAAAGGAUGCUCGCGCCUCAGCAACCCUCGUGUCUAUGUACUACGAAGUCCCACCUAAGGAUCCAUCUGUCCUCGAAAUACACGAUCACCAGGAAGAUGACUCAGAACAAACCAUGAGGUUUCUCACCCGAUGGAAAGCUCCGAAGAUUCCACCGAAGAAGAUCAUUCACGACAGGUUGGUCGAGCAAUGCAGCAGACCGGUCCAAAAGCAGCUGACGACGAGCGACGUGAAAGAGAGGCGGCUGUCUUUACCGAGGAACAAGUUUCAGAAGCUUCUUGAUGAGUCAGAGGCAACGCGCGGGAGAAAGGAGACUAGGGUUUCGGUUUACGGACCAGACGGGGAGGUUCAUGAGAUGUGGCUUGGUGAUGAUGAUGAUGAUGAGGAGGAGAGGUCUUCUUCGUUUGAGUUGGUGAUCGGGUGGAGGAAGUUCGUCGUGGAUUAUGAGCUCAAGGAGUGUUGCGACUUCAUCACGGUGUGGAUGUUUCGGCACAGAGACACGCAACGGAUUUGCUUAGCUGUUGAUGCCACACGUUUUGUGUUCAGGUUACAGGUUAGUAAGAGGAUCUCUGAGGCUGCUUUCGAGGAUUCUGAUUAGAGAUUUAAUGAGAUAUUGAACAUGAGGUUGAAGUUUUUAAGGUUUUGAUUUGAGUCACAUUCUCAGUUUCUUAGUCUAAAAAAUGUAUAUAGUUGACAGAAGCAUGAGGAAAAAAGAAACAGUUGGUGCUUACUUCAGUACUUGUGAUGACCUAGAAGAUACCACUUUACUUGAAAGACAAGUUAUCAUUAUUAUCAGCUUUGCAUACUUGAUGAAUAUUUUGGUGUGGAUACCCUUUUAGUGCAUUGUGGGAAAACGAUUGUCAUAUCAGACACCAAUAUAAUCCAAAGAUUUUACAAACACACUAGCCAAAGUUCCAAAAAAAAAAAGA